UACAGCCUAGAUCCAACAUAUUUCUCUCUGAACUAGUGGCAGGCGUGCUAGAGUGUCAGGACACGGGCGUUGCUUCGUCCUCGUUUUAUUGUUCUGUUAUGUUCUGUUCCUCGGGAUGUUUGAUACUUCAGUGAUGUGUCGAAACUGUAUCUCCAGUGAAAACACGACAAAUAUCACCAGAUCAAUCGCCAAAGGGUUGGAAAGAGAGCUCUGAGGAUCUGAUGUUUCAUCCUCACACCGAUAAAGUUCUUGAACUCAGGUGUGAACGUUGAAAUAAUUUCGAGGAUUUUCUUUUGUUUACCAGUGGUUAUCAGUCAUUGUUGUGGGCCAUGGGGGGAUGUGGGGUGAACAGUGCGUGACAAUGACUCAGGGACUGGCCUGAGAUUAAUCCGGAAGAGACAAAGAGAUUAAUUAGGAAUUUAUUGAUGUAUUCACGUGUGAGAAUAACAAGAAAAAUCAUAAUCUGAGGAAAAUUUAUCGAGGUGCCAGGGGAUUGAGGAUUUUCUUGAAUUUGAUCCGGAGAAAAAUGAGUAAUUCAGUGGCAGCUGCUCCUAGGACCUCCAUAGCCUCCAAUCGAAAUUCCCACAGGUCAACUCUUCUUAAAGUUGUUAUCCUGGGGGACGGUGGUGUUGGCAAAUCAUGUCUCAUGAAUAGAUUCGUUUCUAAUCACUUCGAUGAACAUAGUUUUCACACUAUUGGGGUGGAAUUUUUGAAUAAAGAUAUCGAAAUCAAUGGUGAGGCCUACACUCUUCAAAUCUGGGAUACUGCUGGUCAGGAAAGGUUCAAGACACUCAGAACACCAUUCUACAGGGGCUCGGAUAUCUGUCUGUUGACUUAUGCCGUUGACGACAGAACGAGCUUCAAAAAUCUCGCACUUUGGAGAAGUGAAUUUCUUUAUUACGCUGAUGUACAGGAUGGGGCACUUUUUCCGUUUAUCGUCGUUGGGAAUAAAGUCGAUGUACCAGACCUGGAGAAACAAAUAUCCACCGAGGAAGCUCGCGCCUGGUGCGCGGAGAAUGGAAAUUCUCCGUUGGUGGAGACAUCAGCGAAAAAUGCAACUAAUGUAGAGGAAGCGUUUGGGGCUGCUGUUACUGCUUGGGCUAAACUUGAGGCUAAAUUAGAACGCCCUUUUGUCGAAGACACUGUCGAUUUGUCCAAGCAGCAGUCGCCCCAUCGCUCCAGCUGCUGCAUGCCCAUGACUAGUGCCGAGUAGGUUCUAUCAAUCAAGCAUUCGAAAUUAGGUGUUCUUUAUUAUUUGGAUGCGGGAAAUUGAAUUAUCCUCGUGAUUUUAACCAAAGGAAAUUUAAUUUUCUUGAUAGAAAGGUUUCGGGUUCAAUUCAUGGAAAUUUUGUCCAUUUAUUGCGUUGGGAUCACGUGAUAUAGCAGCAAAGGGGUGAAGGGCAAUAAGUCGAUAGUUUCGUAACUUGAUUUUCGAGAGAUAUCUCUAGAUCUGAAGGAGAUAACAACUUUUUUGGUAGGAGCUUUUUUGGAGAGGGGGAUUAGGGCUAUGAGAAAGGUUCUGCGGACGAUUUUGAUAUCUGUUUUAUAUUCGGAGAUAUUUGUCGAGAACGUAUCUAUUGUCGAAAUCGGCUUUUUAUUUUUUACCUGUUCGCUAAUGAAUUAAUUACUUGGAGGUCAAGUGGAGACAGAAGGACGUUUGACCACUCCAUUCCUGAAUUAAAUGAAAUGUUAGGGCAUCGCAAUUGACCGCAGCUUUUGUUUUUUAGGUGUUAUAACAAAAUAAUAUGAAUGGAAUUGUGAACCAGGCAUAGACUGCCUGCAGCACAAAGCUAUAAAUAAAUAUAUAUUUGUAAUGGUAUUUGUAAUGGUAUGAGAGAAGUAAACAAAUUAUGAUAAGAAUAAAUCAGCACUCAAUACGGUAUCACGUGCCACAAUUCAAUAAGUUAGAUGGAUUUAGUAGGGAAGAGGUGAACAGUAGUAAAUUUAUUUGUUUAUCAGGAAUAUCUCAGAAUGUAAGAAAAAUAGUGAAAUUUUUCUUAAGACCUUUUUUGGAGAAUGACGUGAGAGCUACAAAAAAGUUAUCUAGAAAAUUUCAAUGUCUCUCUUAGAUGCGUCGGGAAAUCUCCUGAAACGAAUAAAAUUGUUAUUUUUUAUCCCUAAACUACUGAAUAAUUGAGGUAUAUUAUGAGUAAUCUUAUUACUCAAAGAAUUGUACAUAAUUACAAACGGAUGAUGGAACAAUAAGACACUUCAAUGCUUGAUCUCGAAUUCGUGUCCGUUAUUUAUCAUUUUGAUGAAUUUUAUUAAUUCAAGUUGAACGAAUUUUUAUUGAUCAUUUGAGGAGAAAUAUAUGACGAAACGCGAGAAAAAAAAAUGGAGGAAAGUCUGAACUGAAAUAACGAAUAAUCAUCGUCAUUGCAAAUCAUUAAAAUGGUCAUCAAUGGAACAAUUUAUUUAGCUUGUGGUGCGCUUGUUGAUAUGCGUUGAAUAAUCGCAGUAUUAGUAUUAAUAAAUAAUAAAAACAAUUGUUGAGUCAUUAUCUUGAGAUAAUGGCUCAAUUAAUAGUUGGAAUGCAGUAAAAAUCCAAGUGUAUUUAGCCUAAUAAUUUGUAUCUGCCUUAUAGUAGCUAACGAACUCGAAAAAUUACUGUUGAUUCAUGAAAAAAUUGAAAUUUUUGGGAAUUAAAUAACGAAAGUCAACGAAAGAAAUGUACAAUUCAGGAACUAAUAAUUCUCUCAACUAGUGCUUGUGAAAUUAAUUUUUGUAAUCGAAUUCGAGUGAUGUAAAUUAUAAUUUUCUAAUGAUUAAAUUAUUCAGAUAUUUGCAGAUGCGUGUGGCAAAAUUAAUAACGCUUUAAUGAAUCGAACGGUUAUUAUGAGUGAGAGACCAUAUCAGGAGUGAUUAAAUUAUCCGAAUAUUGAUUACUUAAUCGUUAAUCAUGCAGCAGUAGUUCAUUAAAUCCAUAAUUGUGCAAAAUUUAUCAUGAAAGAUAUUUUCGGAAUGAACAAUUGAGAACAAUGAAUUUCAAAGAAAAAUCCUCGAUGUCUUUUGAACGAGUGAAGAUAUUCGAACUUUGCUGCGCUCAUUUUGAAGAACAGAAAAAUAUCUUCAAAAUGACGCAAGAUUUUUCAAAUUUUACUUUGCUAAUCAUGAGAUAUCGACGAUUGAGGGAGAACUUUUUGAAAAAAAUCACCAGUUUUUUUAUGAAUGUAUUCAAUGGUCUAUAUUUUUAUCGAUCUCGAAGACAAUUUUUUACACGAAUGCAACCAAGGGCUACGUUAAUUACCUGCGCCUUAAAUGAAUUUUAUAUGAUCCGGGGAGAAUGUUAGGAAUAAAGUGAACACUCUGCUUCUUUGAAAAGAAAUGUAUUCAGUUUCAUAUCUACACUCGACAGUAAUACCCUUAUCUAAUUAAUUAAUUUUCAAUUUUAACCGAAAAUUCAUAAAAUUAAAUGAUCGUGAAAUUACCUAAUUCAAGAACUGUUCAGAAAAAUGAAAUUUCGAUUUCUAAAAAGAAGAUUUAGAUGUUUAAAGACUCAGUUCUUUACUUUAAAAUAUUAAUUCCUGAAACAUUCGUUAAUAGUAAAUAAAUUCAGUAAUUUAUCACCUUUUUGAAGAAAAUAGAUAAAUCUUUUUCUCGGUUUUUAAAACAAAGAAUACGUUUUCUGGAAUCCGAAAAUAAAUUUUCCAAUGACAGAAAUUUAAUUUUUCUAUGUAGCUUUCUCUCAGAUACCAGAAGUUCAUAUCAAAAUUCUAUAUUCACCUUUACAAUUCACAAUUCCUUGCAUAAACCUCAACAGUAUUUACAUUCAUUAAUUACUAAAAAUUUAAAUUUUAUAAGAUUCUGACCCUCAUAAAAUUAACCAUUAGUUCGAGCAAAGAAUAACAAAGACACUUCACUCCUCAAUUUUCAACUUAAAAA